UUCUGGAAUGUUGCUCUGUCGACGGACUAGGUAAAGUGUAGUUCCGUCACAGAACCGAAUCAUCGUACGAACAGUUAGGGAAAGUGAGAUUCGUGGUUAACUUCACACGCCUUACGAAGACAGUUGGAAAACCGGCCACCAUAGGAAUAGGCUAACUGAGAAUAUAUUUAUAUGGACAGUUAAAAAAACAAAAAACUUCUUGUGUUGACUGUUUGUAAAUCGCCAACUGUGGCUAUAUUCACACUACUUACUUGGACAGUUAAGAAACCUACCAGCUUAACCAAAGCCCGCGGUUAGAUUUAGAUUUAGGCGGGUAGUUAAAUAAAUCCGUGAAUCUUAACCGAACAAUGUGGUAUAAACUGUCAUUCUGUGUGUGGAUGAUGAGGAAAUCAGUUUGUAAACCUUAACUGAAAAUCUGGUUUAAAAAAACCAACAUUCCUUAUAUAUGUAUACAGUUAGAAAACCUCCCACUUUGAUCACUGAAAACCGUGACAUUAAUCAACGUUUUAAAAUGUCAAAUCGAACUUCGAGCAACCAUUCAUCCGGAAAGGUGACCACUCCAAGAAUCAAGGUGACACUAGCGGUUGGAGGAACAAACUUUGUCACAGAGGUAGCGACGUUAAAGCGCCACCCGAACACUGUCCUAGCGUCCCUCGACAAAACUUCUCAAUUCUACGACACACAGACGGACAGCUAUGUCUUUGAUAGAGAUCCUCUGGCUUUUUCCGCCAUCCUCAACUUCUACAGAACGUCGGAGUUGCACCUUCCUUUGGGGAUCUGCGGAAGGGCCAUGCGUCAUGAGCUGAAGUUUUGGAAGAUUUCAGAACUGAACAUUUCCCAGUGCUGCUGGAAGGUGAUGUACGAAGUGGAUAAGGAUGAGAAAGUGUUCGACACGCUGAAGCAGAAUCUAGAGCGCUGUGACGAUCCCUUGAACGCUCAGACGAGUUGGCGGUUUCGUCUGUACGUUUUCUUAGAACGGCCCAAUUCGUCGACUGCUGCUAAGAUUUGGAAUACAACAUUAAUGACGAUGAUAUUUCUGUCGGCGCUGACCCUGGUCAUAUCCACGAUACCGUCGUUACGGAAGAGACUGGUAUUCCCCCAGCCGUACAACGACGAGGUGGAGCGGUACCUUCAGAACAGCACCCGUCUAAAGUACGAUCUUCAUGUUUACUAUUACGUCGUGGACUGGCUGUAUGCGUUCGACCACGUCUUGCUGUUCAUUUUCACGCUUGAGGUCUCCGUGCGCAUUAUGGUCUCCUUCAACAAGCGCAGGUUCUUCUCCAGCUUCAUCAACUGGGUGGACAUGAUCACGUCGUACGGGGGCUGGCUGGUCUUUGCGCUAGAGACGGCCUACAAGUACGGGAUGAUCAAGAAGACGGAGGAGUUGUUCUGGAUGUACUUCGGCUUCAGGUGCGUCAUGAUGACGCGUCUGCUGAGGUGCAUACGUCUCCAGGAGCGCUACACGAGCCUCAAGAUCCUGCUGAUCACCAUCAGGAAGAGCUCCAAGGAACUGCUGCUUCUCGUCCUCUGCUUCAUCAUCCUGGCCAUGCUGUUCGGAACCGUCGAGUACUACUGCGAGUUCGACAACAACAGGUUCGAGACCAUCCCCAUCUCGAUAUGGUGGUCGAUCGUCACCAUGACGACUGUCGGCUACGGCGACUAUUACCCGGAGUCGCUGUGCGGGUACUUCGUGGGGACGAUGUGCGCCAUGUGUGGGAUCCUCUUCCUCUCCAUGCCUGUCGCUCUGAUAGGGGCCACUUUCAACGACUAUUACACUCGCAACCAGGAGAGAGAGCUCCACAGAAAGGAAGGACUUGACGGAUCGCUGAUGAAAAUCUCUCCUAAGCUAUUAAAGAGCAAACACCAGUGUUUUGAGAAAAAGACUCGACACUAAUUUAGGGCACUGUGAGAGAGGAGGAGGGGGUGGGGAAAAGAAGGACGGGAGGGGAGAGGGAGGAGAAGGAGGAAUAGGGGUUUCUUUCCUUUUGCAGAUCUGUUUACCAUUCUUCUGUGCGGCAUGCAUUAAGAUA